AGGGAUUUACUCUGAUGCACAAGAACCUCCAGACUUUCUUCCUCCAGCCCAGGACUCAGCAGAUCAUUCUGAGUAAUGAGUCGCCCCCUGUACGUCCCACUGCUCCUCAUUGUCCUGUCAGUGAGUGUGAGCUCCGGGGAGACGGCACCUAUACACAGACUCAAGUCUUCUGAUGUCUCAGGCUGGACGUUGCCGAGGGGUUGGAUUUCACUACAGAGCAGACACCUGCUGUUGCGACUCAUGAAUGAAAUGUCACAGCUGGAGGGCAGCAGACAGAAGGGACACCGUCUAGAGAAGAGAAAGUGCAACACGGCGACGUGUGUGACCCAGCGUCUGGCCGACUUCUUGGUUCGAUCCAACAACAACAUCGGCGCCAUUUAUUCACCGACCAACGUGGGGUCCUACACUUACGGCAAAAGGGACCUUUCUUAGCAGGGAGCCCCCCAUGAAUCUGUUCCAUUCAGUCAUUAAUCUCAUCCUCCUGUAACUGGGACAGUGCCUUGUGCCUCCUCAUUAACCCUUUCAGUCCGGGGUGGGGGGAAAACUGCUGCACAAAGUACACGGUGGGAAAGGAACGACUCCGACAGGACGAAAUGUUGAAAACAUGAAAUAUAUAAAAUGAUUUGACUGCAGAAAUAAACUCUUCGCAAGGUUUUUGUUUAUUAAAAUGUUUGGAAAUACAA